UACAACUAUUUCCAAUGGGCAGAUGAAAACGAUUUGUGGUCGAUUAAUUAAUAAAUUGUGUUCCCACCCAUUAUGUUUUCAUAAUGGACUAGGAGCAUGAAUAUGUAUGAAUAAUCCAAAUAUAUUGGGUUUUAUUAUUUUUUUAUUGAUAUUAAUUUUGACUAUUUAUAUUUGCCAUAAAGUGAACUUAUCAAAAUUAGUGUCACGAGAAAAUAAUUUAGAAAUCAUGGGGUCCAUUAAACAACCUGGCAGGUUUAUGAAUACACAACAAAAUGCACAGAGGACAACAAAAGCUCAAGGUGGUUUUCCACAAAGCUUAUCUGGAAGUGAGACUGAUGUGUCCACAUCCAAUGAGAAUUUAUCACAUGAAGAGCGAUAUGUUAUCCGUCACACUGCACGUGUUGAACCACAAGGUCAAGAGACCUUGCAAAACCCAUCGCCAAGUCCCACUCAAAGCCCAGUGAUUAAUCGAUUGAAAUCACCAAAUCAAAAUGUACAAAGAAAAUUGGAAUCCAACAUACCGAGACCAUUUGAUAUGAGUAGAAAAAUGGAAAGUAAUUUACCAGUACGAAUAAAACAUGAUUCAAAUAUAUCGAAAAUAAAAGAGACUACAAUGCCAAGAAUCAUUGACAAUAAUCAGAAUUCGAGAAAUACCAAAGAACAAACAAAUUCAUUGAAUAGAAAAGAUUUGCAAAACAGGAAUUCAAUAGAAAACAGGAAUUCUAUAUCAGAAAUAGUGUGCUCUAAUAGGAAUAGUUUGAAAAAUGAUUCCAUAUCUAAUAGGAAUUCGUUAAAAGAAAGUGUUGGUUCAAAUCGUAGUUCUGUUGAUGUAUCAGCUUCUUCAUAUAAUACUUUGAUUAUUCACAAUCAGGAUGAAGGCUGGAAUACAAGACUGCCAAAUCAUCACAAUGCAGAAGCACCGCCUUAUAAUAAAAUUAAUAACUCAAAAAUAGUAUAUUCUCAUAAUAGUGAACAUCCGACCAUGCCAAAUAGACAUAGUUUUGAAACAAGGGGUUAUGAUGAACAAGGCAUGCAAGAAAUUACUGAUAUCCCAGAUGACUAUUUAAAUCAAUCUCAUGUUUUGAAGCAUUUGGCAAAAGAAGUGAAAACCCCAACUACUAACUCUCGGUCAAAUAGCCAUACACGUGACAGUGGUGUUUCUGAAAACAGUGAUAGUCUCCGAUCUAGAAAACUAUCUGAUGACCAAUUUACAGAUUGUGGUGAUAGAAAUGAUCUUAUGGAUGAACGAGUUCGAAUGGACAGUGGUUUUGGUAUGGAAAAAACACUUACCUCGGAAUAUGGAGAUUCAAUGCGUCCACCAGAAUAUCCACGAUGGAGGGAAGAAUCACCUACAAAUUCUAAAUUCAAGUCAACAAAUAUUCUUGAAAAAGUUUCUUUAUCAAGAUCACAGCCUGAAUUAUCAAAAUUGGAAGACAAAAAUGAUUUUGAUAACAAUCUGGAAAGUAGGCCAAAAACAAAAGGUUGUGAGGUGGAAGAAUGCGACAUUGAAGCUAUUGAAGCACUACUUAAUGAGAACUCACAAUUAAAAGCAGAAUUAACAUCUUGCUAUCAAAAGGUGGCUAAAAGUCAAAAGCUUGAGCAAGAAGUGCUGAAUAUUCAUCAAGCUCAUGAAGAAUUAGUUCAGUCGUGUGAGAGGAGAGAACGACUUGAAAGAGCAGCAAGGACAAGAUUGCAAGGAGAUUGCAGGAGGCUCAAUGAAUUAAAUCGAGCAUUAAGAGAUCAAGUGGAACUUUUGACUGCUCAACUUUUAACACCAAGUGAUUCUGGAGCUUCUUCAAUGCAAACGCAACCAUUGAGAAAUGAAAUAAAUCAACGGGAAGUUCUUAUAGCUCAAUUGAUUACACAAAAUAAAGAAUUGGUUGCUGCCAAAGAGCGGCAAGAAAUUGAGUUAGCUGCCCAACGUGCCACUUUGCAGGAACAAAGAACCCACAUUGAUAUCUUAGAUACAGCAUUGACAAAUGCGCAAGGCAAUGUUGUAAGACUAGAAGAAGAAUGCAGGAAGAAACAGAUGUAUGUUGAUAGAGUUGCCCAAUUGCAAAGGGCAUUAUCAAGCCUUCAGUUAGCAAGCGAUAGAAGAGAGCAGACUGAACGAAAACUUAGAUCGCAGUUAGAAAGUGAACUACGUAAAGAUGGUGCUACGGCAGCAGGAGAACAUGAAUUAAAACGACAAAUAAGGGAACGUGAUGAGAAAAUUAUGAGGUUGGAAGCUGAGUGUUCAAAAUGGGAACAGCGUUAUUUGGAAGAGAGUGCUUUGAGGCAAAGUGCUAUUGAUGCUGCAAGUAUACCUAAGGAUGCUAAAAUAGCAGCUUUAGAAAAAACAUCCCAAGAAACUGAAAAAAUUAUUGCAGAGGCAAGAAGUGAAAAUAUAAAACAAAUGGAUCAAGUACAUGCAGCUCAGAAAAGGGUGCAUGAUUUGGAAACCAGGACAAAAGAUUUAGAAUCAAAGUUAGCUGAAAGAGAUGCAAUGAUACGAGUAUUGCAAAAACACGUGCAAGCCGGACCAAAUUUAGUACAGCAUAUGACUUCCUAUGAACAAGAUAAGGCCAACUACUUAUCACCUCACCAUACUCCGCACGCUAGUUUACAUAACGACGAAAUUGUAUCCAGUGUUUUGACAACACAUUCUUCAAAUUAUGGUUCUACAAAUUCAUAUUCAUCAGACUCAUACAGAGUGCCAUCACCCUAUCAUCACGCAAAUCUGGGUGGAUAUUCAACAUAUGAUGCAUCUAGAAGAAGUCUAGAUGAUCAGCUUAAAGAAUUAGAUAAUCAACUACUAAGCAAGCGGGGCCUUUGCUGUUUUCCAGGAUUCUCUAAUUCAAGCACUACGCCGAGAAAGGGAAAAAUAUCCAAACCAUUAUUACCUGUCGUGAGAACUACUGGCUCGGUUUCAGAUUCGGGGCGGUACGGGUCUACGACGCUGAUAGCCGCUUAUGAGGCAGCGAGGUACGACAGUGAAAGGCCAGAAGAGAUAAUGCUACUUGAAAAACAAGGGAGGAGUUCGCAACAACAACGGAUGACCGCAGAUGAGACCAGCUCUGAAAAUUCGAUAGAGAAUUGUGAUCGUUCGAGGUCUGGCAGUUUGCCGCCCAGUUCUUUGCCGCGUCCGCCUAGAAUAACCAGGCAGCAGCAACAAACACCACCGAGGCGGACAGGAGAGUACGGAAGAUUCGGGGACAAAGAGCAAAAUAACCAAACAGAACACAGGCAGCAGCGCUCGCUUGCAUCACCCCCCAGACGAUGUUUGUAUGGACGUCUGCCUGAUGCAUCUACCACUCCUCCUCCUCAGGAAACUCCUCGUUUGCGCCGGGGGCUGCAAAGGUUUUGUGUAGGCGGCAAUGGUGGACAAACUGAACCUUAUAGAUGCAAGACUCCUCGGGAUUCUGGUUCUACUAUAAGCGAUCACUCUGCUUCGUCACUGCCGCCCUCGUCUUCGCGUUCCGGCACGCUCAAGCAAUCGCCGCCUCGUAGAAGCGGUUCUUUAACUCGCGAACCUGGGAUAACUUCAAAGUUUCGUUUGCAAUUUUAA